AUGAAAAGAUUUUGUGGGCCAUCUGUUGUUUAUUUUAAUUCUUGUUGUCACAUAAGACCACACAAACUUCAAGCACGGUAUAGCACCACUGUGGGAUUUUCAAAGUUAAGAAACAUAGCUCCAGCUAUAUUUAAUAUUCGUAAAUUAGGGUUAGGACCUACUUCAAAAGAUUUUGAGGAGCCGACCCAAAUUUCAGGUCCACUAACAAAAGUACACGCUACUGAACUUGUCUUGCAUUUAAAUGACGAGGAAAGGAAGAUAUUGCUUAAUGCCUUACAAGAAUACGAAUCUAAUCGUAUCAAGGAAGAUUUCGAAGAUAAACUGGCUGCUCAGAGAUGGAGAACUAAGCUAGGCAGACCUAGUAAGGUGCCAACAUUAGGAGAUGUUGAUCCUACGGGAACUUAUUGUCCAGUACCUGAGGACUGGCUUAAGAAAAAAUAUGCUGCUACAGUGCCAAAACCAACUACUAAGGAGCUGUUUCAUUUAUCCUUAGCAAAUUCUGUGCCAUUUAUUGGCUUUGGGUUUCUGGAUAAUUUCAUCAUGAUAAUUGCCGGCGACAGCAUAGAAAGCAGCAUGAGCGCAUACAUCACGCUGUCGACAAUGGCAGCGGCUGCGCUGGGCAACACGUUCAGCGACGUGAUUGGCAUCGGCUCCUCGUACUACGUGGAGCGAGCGGCUUCACUGGUCGGUCUCGGAGCUCCCGCGCUCUCGCCGGUGCAGCUCGACAUGCCCAUCAGCAGGCGCUUCGCCAACGUGGGCCGAGUACUUGGUAUCACGCUGGGCUGCUUCCUUGGCAUGACGCCCCUCCUGUUCAAGGACGACGAAAAGAAAUCAGACCCCAAAGAUAAGUAA